AUGUAUCCCCUCAUUUAUACCUCUCUCACCACCAUAGCUAAAUUCUGCAUAGAGAGAGAAACUCGCAUUGGAAAUGCCAUAAAAUCAUACCAAGAGCGUGAUAAAGCGAAAGUCGCAGCCUUGGCCAGGGAAUUCAACAUUUUGUACCAUCUACUUCGCGGACGAAUCCUCGGCACCGGUCCUCCCACAGGGUCCGGCAAAGUUCUUAAUCCUGUUCAAGAGAACGAAGUGGAUCAGUGGAUGGUCUCCCUUGAGACUGCUUUUACUCCUGCUACCCUUGGCAUGGUAGAAGACGAGGCAAAUCGAAUACUUGCUCGCGAUGGAAUCGAGGUCCAGGUUGGCCGCAACUGGCCUUUAAGAUUUAUUGCUCGCCGUCCUUCACAGCGGCCGGAUCUACAACGCCUAUUGCGCACACCCAACAACUCUGCGCCAAACAGGGAACAACCCGAAGCUGCGAAAGCGGAGGAAGUUGCUCCCUCCGAUGUUCAAGGUCACGAGAUGCCUCCGCGCAAGCGGGCCCGGAACCCAGUCUCCCGGCGUGUCUCCGAACCUGAGACCAAGGCAUUGGAUGAAGAUUAG